UCACUCUCCAUCUGCCACUCUCAGACUCACACCCUGCAGAAGACCAGACUGAACUGCUGCUCAAGAGAACCAUAUCUCCGUCCGACAGAUAGUGACAAAGGUUUUUCCUUUUCUUUUUUCAACCUACAGUCUGCACCCACCAGCCCUUCAGAUGACCAGGCUGAACGGCUGAUCAAGAGGACCAGCUUUCCAUCAGACAAGUGUUGGACUGAAAACAUGGCUUCAUCUCCCAAGGAGAAAGAGAUUGCUGCCCUUGGGAGACCAUUCGCUCUGGGGAUGCUGUACGAUUGCCGAACAGAUGGUCUCGUUCCAGGUGUGACACUGUGGGAUCACGAUGAGCUGCAGAGGAAUACCGAUGAACGCCAGCAACACAAUUCUGAAUUCAAUAUAACAACAUUAGACUCAAUUGAGGAGAAGUCAAAUUCAUUGAAUGUAUCGGGAUCUCUGAAAUUAAGUCUCCAUGGAGGACUAGUGAAUGUGGCAGGAUCAGCUAAAUACUUCCAGGACACAAAGAAAUCUCAUAAACAAGAGCGGAUCACUCUUCAGUACAAAACAACAACUAGAUAUAAAGCGUUAACAAUGGCUCAUCUGGGCCGCGGUAAGGUAUCCCAUCCCAACGUGUUUGAAGAGGACACCGCCACACAUGUUGUCACUGCCAUCUUGUACGGGGCCAAUGCUUACUUUGUAUUUGACAGAGAAUUAUCUAACGAUGAAAACAAGAAAGAAGUAGAGGGGGAAGCAGAAAUCAUGAUGGAAAAACUGAAAUUCCUCAAAGUAAAUGCAGAGGCAUCUUUUAACAUGGAUGAAAAAGAGAAAUUAGCAGUGGAAAAAUUCAGCUGCACAUUUCAUGGAGACUUCCAGCUACCUAGCAACCCGUCGACAUUCAGUGAGGCUGUAAAUGUUUACAGACAACUUCCAACACUCCUGGGAGAUAAUGGGGAGCAUGCCAUUCCAGUCAAGGUGUGGUUGUACCCUCUGGUGAAGCUGGACUCAAAAGCUGCAAAACUGCACAGAGAAAUCAACAACAGCCUCAUCACACACUCCUCAGAAGUCAUAGAGCAUUUAAACAAGACGGAGAUGAGGUGCAAUGACCUGGUGGAGGACACAGCAGCGUCAACUUUCUCUGCCAUGGAGAAGAACCUGAGGACUUUCAUGCAAAACUGCCGUCACUACAAGUUAGAGUUUAUGCAGAAGCUCGGGUCAGUUCUUCCCUCUAUUCGAGGGGGUGGAAAAGAGGAGAGUGCCCUUGAAGACAUCCUUAAGGCUCAUGAGAAAUCUCCUUUCAACAGUGGAGCCCUGGAUGUGUGGCUAAAGCAGAAGGAAAAGGAAUCAGAGACACUGAAAUCCUUCCUCAAGCAGCUAGAGAAGCAUGGCCUAAAACUGGAUGACAACUUGGAUGAUAUUUUGUCUGAUGUAGACAUCACAAACAUUGUGAGCUUUUCAUUUACCUCUUUAGACCAGCCUGAUAGCAGCCUCGUGAAACAAUCCAGUUUCCUUACUCCCACAGGAAUGAUGACUGAAAGUCUGCAGGCGGAUGUUCCACAGAGCAUAAAUACUGACUGGCUAACUGAUACCAGACAAAGCAUGAGGAGACAAUUACAACUGUUCAUGCAGUUGAAGAAGAUGACCAACAGUGAUGCCACCAAAUUCAUUGUGUCAUCCAAACAUGAUGAGCGUUACCCUGGAGCCUGUAUAUUCAUAUACGAAGAUGGGAAUGAUGAGCCUGUCACCUUCAUUCCUCCGUCCAAACCUGCCACUCCAACCACCUCUGAUGUAUCGUUUGACGCAUUAACAGUUGGGGUAUCAGAUCCAGAUUCUGCCACUGUAGAGUAUCGAGUAGAGUUUCAGAAGACACAGGAGACUGAAUGGAUGUCUCACCCUGUGCAGAAAAACAAGAAGACAGUAACUCUGUCAGGACUGAAGCCAGGCACUAAAUAUGAGAUCAGAGUCACAGCUGUGGGUAAACUUGGCUAUGUCAUCAGCAGUGAUGCUGUUACUGUUGUGACUGCUAAACCUAUUACUAGCCCACCAACCAAUAUGAAAGUGGAGGAAGUGAAGGCGAACUCCAUCACCUUGUCCUGGUUAAACCCAGAACAAUGUGAACCUGUAAAGCAGUACACCAUUGAGUAUAAGGAGGAAAACAGCAGUGAUUGGCAGAGAGAAGAAACCAAAACAGAGGUGUACACAUUUACUCUGAAGAACCUGGAACCGAAUACAACCUUCUCCAUUAGGAUGUACACAGAUGCUGCUAACAGUGUAAGCAAACCUGGUGAAGAGAUUAAGACCAAAACCAGGAAAGGACCACUGGAUACAGAAAGGUUUACUCCCCUCUCAGGUACUCCAAAAGCAUAUCUGCUGAAAAUGAAAAAAUCUUCAUCACAUCGGUUCAACAAGAAGGUGUUCGGGAAAGCAUCAUCCCGUAGCCCUACAAACAAAACCAUCAUGCUUGUUGGUGCCACUGGAUCUGGCAAAACAACCCUCAUCAAUGGCAUGAUCAACUACAUACUAGGAGUUGACUGGGAGGACAACUGGAGAUUUAAACUGAUUGAUGAAGAAACCAACAAAUCACAAGCACACAGUCAGACUUCAGAGGUGACAGCCUAUCAGAUUCACUGCACAGAUGAAUUCCAAGUUCCGUACUCCCUCACAAUCAUCGACACCCCAGGGUUUGGAGACACCAGAGGAAUCAAACAAGACAAGGAGAUUACAGAAAAAAUCAGAGAGUUUUUCAAUAAGAAGGGUGGAAUUGAUGCAAUUGAUGCAGUAUGUUUCGUAGUGCAGUCUGCUUUAGCUCGUCUGACGCACACACAGCGGUACAUAUUUCAGGCAAUCCUCUCUGUGUUUGGGAAGGACAUCUCCAACAACAUCAUCACUCUGGUCACCUUUGCUGAUGGCAAAAGUCCUCCAGUACUGGAAGCCAUCACAGAAGCCAAGAUUCCAUGUGCCGCACAAGCUGAUGGGACACCUGUCCAUUUCAAGUUUAACAAUUCUGUUCUUUUUGCCGACAACACCGGAUGCAGCGGUGGUGAGGACUUUGAUUACAUGUUCUGGAAAAUGGGAAAGGCCAGCAUGAACAAAUUCUUUACUCAUCUUGGAAUGAUGGAAACUCAGAGUCUGACGCUGACAAAGCAAGUUCUUCAAGAGCGUAAACAGCUGGAGGCAACUGUCCAGGGAGUGCAGCCACUCAUCCGGAAGGGUUUGUCAACCAUGGAGCAAAUACGAACCACACAAGCUAUUCUGGAAACACACAAGACACAAAUUAAGGAAAACAAGAACUUUGAAUAUGAAGUAGAGGAGGACGUAACAGUUAAGACUGAUAUUCCAAAAGGAACUUUCAUCACCAACUGCCUUGGAUGCAAUCACACCUGCCACUACCCCUGUGGUAUACCAAAUGAUGCCUAUAAAAGGGGCUGUGCUGCAAUGAGAAAUGGAGACUGCACAGUGUGUCCAGGAAAAUGUGUGUGGAGUGUUCAUCAUAACAUGCCCUACAAAUUGGACAUAAAACGUAAGAAGGUGAAGAAAACUUACAAUGACCUGAAGAGUAAGUACGAAAAAGCAAAGGGAGAGAAGAUGAGUACAGAGAAGAUUGUGGAGAAGUUGGAAGUAGAGUAUCACCAAAUGCAGGGAAGGGUGUUGGAGAUGAUGGAAAAUGUAACUACCUGUCUGCAGCGUCUGAAAGAGAUUGCACUCCGGCCAGAUCCUUUGGCUGCUCCAGACUACAUCGACCUGAUGAUACAGUCAGAAGAACAGGAGGCCAGACCUGGAUAUCUGCAGCGCAUCAAAGAGUUACAAGAAGUAAAACAAGGAGCUAUUCUCAUGCAGAAGGUGGCAGAGAAAAUCACUCUCAGUGGAAAAGAGACAUCAAUACUCCAAAUGAUGAAAUCAAAAACUAAGGCGGCAUUCAAUGAUUUUCUGGGUUACUUUACAUAAUGCCACUUGUAUUUCGCUUUGCUUGCAUUUUUUGUUUGCAUUUCUUCAGAAUUUGAUUUCAAUUUAAAAAAGGAAUGAAAAUGUAAGCUAACGUCUAUGAUAAAGUGGGUCCCCGUUUACUGUGUUUUGAAGUACAUCAGCAGCAGCAACAUCUCUCUGGCUACGUUUACUGCCAUGGUGAAUAUCUUUCCCAAGCCAACUAUGAAAUGUAUUGACUGGCAAAGUUUUACAUCUCAUAAUUAAUUACUUAUUUUUUGAUAAAACACAAAAUGGCUGGUAGCUCAAAAAGUCGCAGUAUCUUCUUAUUUGUUGGGUGAAGGGGAUCAGUUCAAUUAAAAAAGGGGGAAAAUCCAGGCAACUCCAGGUGAACAGGUGCGGUCGAAACAUGUUGGCUUUUUUAAUCAUGUUUUAGCCCUACGACAAUAAAGGCGUUUUAAUGGACUUCCUCUUUUUCACCUGGAGUUUCCCCUUUUUUAUAGUUAUGAGAUGUAUUUUGUAUUUUAUUGAGGAGUUAGGUGUUGGUUCGAUCAUGUGGUUUGAUUGUUUCACAAAUUCCAUAGUGUCACUUCUAUCUUUUAUCACCAUUAUGUUAUUUUUUUAAACAGCUGUGUAAUUGAAUGGGUUUUUCACAUUGUUUUAUCACCUUUACUAAUUGUGGGGAUAUAUUUUUCCAUUAUACGAUUACUUUUUUGUCUUUUUUUUGCUUUUUCUUUGUUACUAUUCAAUAUCUCAGUGAAAAUUUCAUAAUCAGUGUCAAGAUCAAAUUUUGUUUGAAUUCAAUUUCAGGCAAACUCUUGUGGGAUCGUGGUGGGUUAUUAUUUCCACUUUAAAGGACAUUGGAUCAAGAUCCAGAGAGCUUGAUUAUGUUGUACAAUGUUUCUCUGUAUUUUUCUUUCACUUCAAAUUGGAUGAUUUCUCUGCACUCUUUGUUUUAUUUCUUUCUGUAUGUAACCAUGUGAUUUCUGCUCAAUAAAUAACUUGAUUCAUUUAA